AUGGCUAAAGUUGUUAAUAUCCGCCGCGACGUCGAUGACAAAUUCUACCGUUACAAGAUGCCCUCGCUCUUGACCAAGAUCGAAGGCAAAGGUAAUGGUAUUAAGACCGUUAUUCCAAACAUGUCCGACGUCUCCCGCGCUCUCAGCCGACCUCCUACCUACCCCACUAAAUUCUUCGGAUGCGAACUUGGCGCUCAAACAACAUUUGACGAAAAGGCUGACCGAUACAUUGUUAAUGGUGCACACGACGCAACCCGUCUGCGUGAACUCUUGGACGCAUUUAUCGACAAAUUUGUCCUUUGCGCUGAUUGCAAGAAUCCCGAAACUGAUUUGAUCAUUGACAAAUCUGAGAUGAUCACAAGAGAUUGCAAAGCUUGUGGCUCUCGCACCGACGUUGACAUGCGACACAAACUUACUACAUUUAUCAUCAAGAAUCCGCCCAAGAAGGCCAAAAAGGAUAAGAAGGCCAAGGGAGAGAACAAAGACAAAGACAAGGAGGCCGGAAGUGCUGAAGAAGAAGCAGCAGAUGGCGGUUCGGACGACGAGUUCACGAAGACCCUCAAGGCCCAGGCAGCUGAGCUUCCGACUGCCGAACAAGCUGCUCGUGGAGGAGCCGAUGAAGACUGGGCCUUGGACACUUCCGAGGCAGCCGUCAAGGCUCGCCAGAAGGAAAUGGCCGGCCUGAAUCUGGGUGAUUCGGAUGAAGAGGCAGAUGGCGCAGAUCCACACAGCGAACUUGCGGUCUGGCUCGAAGGUAAUCGGUCAUCUAGCGCGGUCGAUAUCUACAAGAAGAUCGAAGAGCUGGGUAUUGAGCGUAAGCACAAAACGGCCGAGAUCCUCGGACGUGCGCUCUUCACCGAGAAUAUCGAGAAGGAGAUUCCUACGUAUGCACCUCUCCUAGUCAAGGUGGUAACAGGCGAAAAGCACCAAAAGUCUCUGCUUGGGGGCAUCGAGCGGUUUGUAGGCGUCGACCACCCGAGCCUUAUUCCGGCAGUGCCCAAGAUUCUUAUGGCAUUCUAUCAAGCCGAUAUACUCGAAGAAGAGAUUGUCGUCCAGUGGGGCAAGCAUCUAAGCAAGAAGUAUGUCGAUCGUGAUGUGAGCAAACGUGUGCGCAAGGCGGCCGGCCCAUUUGUCGAGUGGCUUGCUGCAGCUGAGGAUGAAUCGGAAGAAGAAUGA